GGUGAAGGCACUGAAAGAGAAGAUUGAAUCUGAAAAGGGGAAAGAUGCCUUUCCUGUAGCAGGUCAAAAAUUAAUUUAUGCAGGCAAAAUCCUCAAUGAUGAUACUGCUCUAAAAGAAUAUAAAAUUGACGAAAAAAACUUUGUGGUGGUUAUGGUGACAAAACCCAAAGCAGUGACAACACCAGCACCAGCCACAACCCAGCAGUCAAAUCCUGCCACCACUACCACAGUUAGCUCCUCCACAGCUCCAGCUGUGGCUCAGGCCCCAGCCCCUGCUCCCACUCUGGCUCCCACUCCUUCCCCUGCAUCCGUCACUCCAGCACCAACGACAGCAUCUUCGGAACCUGCACCUGCUAGUGCGGCGCAACCAGAGAAGCCUGCAGAAAAGCCAGCAGAGACACCUGUGGCUACGAGUCCAACAGCAACUGACAGUACAUCAGGAGAUUCUUCUCGGUCGAACCUUUUUGAAGAUGCAACAAGUGCACUUGUGACAGGUCAGUCUUACGAGAAUAUGGUAACUGAGAUCAUGUCGAUGGGAUAUGAACGAGAGCAAGUGAUCGCAGCCCUGAGAGCCAGUUUCAACAACCCCGACAGAGCAGUGGAGUAUCUUUUAAUGGGGAUCCCCGGAGAUAGAGAGAGUCAGGCUGUGGUGGACACCCCUCCUGCGGUCAGCACUGGGGCUCCUCCAUCUUCGGUGGCGGCCGCUGCGGCGACGACGACGGCAUCGACAACCACAGCGAGCCCUGGAGGACAUCCCCUUGAAUUUUUACGGAAUCAGCCUCAGUUUCAACAGAUGAGACAAAUUAUUCAACAGAAUCCUUCCCUGCUUCCAGCAUUGCUACAACAGAUAGGUCGGGAAAAUCCUCAAUUACUGCAGCAAAUUAGCCAGCACCAGGAGCAUUUUAUUCAGAUGUUAAAUGAACCAGUUCAAGAAGCUGGUGGUCAAGGAGGAGGAGGUGGAGGUGGCAGUGGAGGAAUUGCAGAAGCCGGAAGUGGUCAUAUGAACUACAUUCAAGUAACGCCUCAGGAAAAAGAAGCUAUAGAAAGGUUAAAGGCACUAGGAUUUCCUGAAGGACUUGUGAUACAAGCGUAUUUUGCUUGUGAGAAGAAUGAGAACUUGGCUGCCAAUUUUCUUCUACAGCAAAACUUUGAUGAAGAUUGAAAGGGACUUUUUUUUUUUAUCUCACACUUCACACCAGUGCAUUACACUAACUUUGUUCACUGGAUUGUCUGGGAUGACUUGGGCUCAUAUCCACAAUACUUGGUAUAAGGUAGUAGAUUGUUGGGGGUGGGGAGGGAGGGAUCUAGGAUAUAGGGCAGGGAUAAAUACAGUGCAUGUCUGCUUCAAUUAGCAGAUGCCGCAAAUCCACACAGUGUGUAAAAUAUUAUACAACCAAAAAUCAGCUUUUGCAGGUCUUUAUUUCUUCUAUAAAACAGUAGGUAACUUUUCCUAGGUUUCACUCUUUUUAGUGUACUAGAUCCAGAAAUUUAGUGUAAUGCCCUGCUUUAUAUUUCUUUGACUUAACUUUGGUUUCAGAAAGAAUCUUUGCUACCUAGAAUUUACAGUCUCUAUUUCAUGGCAACACUGGAUAAUGGCUUUGUGAAAUUGAAAAAAGUUUGGAGCAACUGUAAACAGAAAUGCCAAAUUAUUGAUGGUUAUUGUUGCUGCUUCAAAUACAUAUUGAAUUAAUGUGUAAGAAAGCCCAUUCUUUCAUGUUAAAUACUUGGGGUAGGGGAGGAAGAAGGGGAACCUUUUCUUAAAAUGAAAAUAAUUACUGCUAUUUUAAAAUUUCUUGAUCAUCGAAUGUGAGACCCUUCGAACAUGAUUUGAGAAGCUGUACAAGUAUAGGCAGAGUUAUUUUCCUGUUUACAUUUUUUUUUUUUGGUUUGUUUUGGGAAGAAAUUGGUAGGUGUCUAAUUACUGUUUACUUCAUUGUUACAUUGCAGUAAAAGUUUUAAAGCCACCAUCGCAUGUUUGCUUUUGAUGUAUCCCUUUGUAAAAUUAGCACUUUGGGGCCAAUGGAGAAAUGCAGCAUUCACUAUCCCUCUCUUCCCCAUCCCUCUGCAGAAAUGUGUUUGUCAGUAAGUCGUGAGUUCAAAUUGCUGCCUUUUUUAAACCCACAAAAUGCUGAUUCAGUUCAAAAGAAAUGCAAAUGUUCCAAAACUGGGUUUCUGAUAUUUGUAAGUGUUUUUCCUUAUUAGAUAAGAAUGUAUGACCAUUAAAGUCAUUAGGAUUAUAUUACUUUCAAAAAGAGGAGGUGGACAAAAGUAUAAUCCAGCAUCUUUUAUUGCAUUGGAAAGACUGGCGGAAUCUUCUGGAAGGGUUGGGAGAUGCAGCUGGAAAAGUACUUUGGAAAAUAUACAAUCAAGAAUAUCUCAUGGCAUAUUAAAAAAAAAUCUUAAUAGCAGUGUUGGCUUUUAUUUGGAUUUUUUUCAACUCUGUUUUUUAUUAGAAUCUCCUUCAUUGGCAUUACUAUUUGAUCGUAAAGAGGGGGAAUAUGUCUACUUGUUCAGUUUUUCAGAUCUUUUUUCCUCAAUAUAAACAAGACUGUUUAAAGGAAUUAUUUUUUCCCUUACCAUCUGAUACUGAGUAAAGAAAAUGAAUUUGCACAGAUUCUCCCUGCGUAAUCUCUUGCAAUAAUCCUUAGCAAAGUUUGGGGAUGACUUUUAAGCUUUCACGUCAUGCACUCGUACCUGUCUCUCAUGAAAAUAAAUGAGACCAUGGUUUCUCCCCACAGUGUUAUGUAGUUUAAUCUUCAUGUGUGUACUCCUUAAACACGGCACACCUUUGGACUUUGUAUUACCUGUAUGUUUUAUAAUGGAUCAUGCAAAAUGUCUCAGGAGAAUAAAACGAGCAUUUGUAAAUAUGUUCCUCCUUCAAGACAGAGCAAUGAGUUGGGAAGAGGGUGGCAUUUCUGGUCGAAUAAUGGAAUAUUUUCAUUUAUUUUAUGUCAUUCUGUCUGCUACCUAAUUGCUCAGUAUAGCGAAAACUGGAAAAAAGGAAAAAAAAAAAAAAAACCAACACAAAA